CCGCUCCUACCCCCGUUCAUAUAUCAGUUCCCUUUCCAUUUAUCCCUACCACCCAAACGCCAGAACCCUAAAAAUGUCAUGUUCUCUUGCCCGCCACCUCCGCCACGUCCGUCACCUCUCAACUGCCGCCGCCGCCGCCGCCUCCACCGCUGCUGCCUCUUCCUCUUCCUCUUCCUCGUCCAUAUCCGUUUCCAGAGCCAAAUCGAUACUCCGAUCAGAAUUUGAUCCAGACAGAGCCUUAGAAAUCUACUCCUCCGUUUCCAAACACUACACCUCCCCACUCGCCUCUCGCUACGCCCAAGACCUCACCGUUAAACGCCUUGCCAAGUCUCGCCGCUUCGCCGAUAUCGAGACCCUGAUCGAGUCCCACAAGAAUGAUCCCAAAAUCACCCAAGAACCUUACCUUUCCACCUUGAUUCGAUCCUAUGGUAUAGCCGGCAUGUUCCAACAUGCCCUCAGAACGUUUAAUCAAAUGGAAGAGCUUGGCACUCCUCGAUCAUCCAUUUCCUUCAACGCCCUUUUGUCCGCCUGUAAUCAAUCCAAGUUGUUCGAUCAAGUACCCAAAUUCUUCGAAGAAAUUCCCAGAAGGUACGGUAUUUUGCCAGAUAAGAUUUCUUAUGGUAUAUUGGUGAAAUCAUACUGUGAAUCGGGUUUGUCUGACAAAGCAAUUUCGAUGUUGAAAGAAAUGGAAGAGAAGGGUGUUGAGAUUACAGCAGUUACGUUCACGACGAUAUUGGAUGCUUUGUACAAGCAGGGGCAGAGUGAUAGAGCUGAGAAAGUUUGGCAUGAAAUGGCGAAAAAGGGGUGUUUGGAUGUUGGGGCCUAUAAUGUGAAGAUUAUGUUUGCCCAUGGCGGAGACCCCGAAAAUGUGAAGGCGUUGAUCGAUGAGAUGAGCAAUGCUGGGUUGAAACCGGACACCAUCAGUUACAAUUAUUUGAUGACCAGUUAUUGCAAGAGCGGGAUGAUGGAUGAGGCAAAGAAGGUUUAUGCAGAGUUAGAGGAAACUGGGUGUCAUCCCAAUGCAGCCACAUUUAGGACUUUGAUUUAUUAUUUAUGUCGAAGUGGAGACUUUGAAACGGGGUAUAAGGUUUUUAAGCAGAGUGCUUUUAGGCGUAAGAUACCGGAUUUUGGUACAUUGAGGCAUUUGGUGGAAGGAUUGGUGCAGAAAAAGAAAACCAAGGAGGCCAAAGGAUUGAUCAGAACGGUGAAAAAGAAUUUUCCUGCAAAUUUCUUGAAUGUGUGGAGGAAGCUGGAGGAGGAUCUUGGUUUAGCUGGCGUAGAUUCUUCUCCGGCUGCUGAUGAUGUCCAAGAGGCUACUUCAUAGAUCAGUUAAAGUCCUUGUUCACCACUUCAUCUGCGUUUGCAAUUGAUUCAAUUGGUCAAAUUGUGAGUAGAUGUUGGUUGUGUAGGCCAAGUUCGGAGCAACGGGUGAAGCUAUUUUAAACCUCAUAGAGCUGUAAAAGCUUUGUUUUUAGCUUUAUGCUUGGUGUAGUGUUAGUCCUCGCCUGGCUCUCCACAAUUUAAAGGCUGUUUUAAACUUCAUGCAGUUGUUUUUAUGCCCGUUAUCUACUAUUUCUUUAUGGGUUAAUAAUGUUGGCUUUGUGGAGGCCAAAAGGGGUUUUAAAGAUUUUGGCUUUAAUUCAAUGUGUUUACUGAUGGGGUUAAUUUCUUCCCUCC